GGGGUGAGAAGGGAGGGUCAGUGACAGUGUUGACGAGAGGUGGGCGGUGGCUGUGUGUAUAAAAGCCCUCUGCCGAGGAGCAGACGGUACUUUCAGUGGAAGUUGGAGAGAGAGACACCAACCAAAGGCAUCUACAGCCAGCCAGUUCCACAGCUCUGCUACUACUACAGUACUACUCCUCUUCCUCCAGCAACCAUGACAGAGAGACGCAUCCCCUUCAGCCUGCUCCGCACCCCCAGCUGGGACCCCUACAGGGACUGGUACCAGGGCAGCCGACUCUUCGACCAGUCCUUCGGUAUGCCUGCCCUCGCAGAGGAGUUACCCACUUUCCCCAGCACCCACUGGCCCGGCUACAUGCGCCCCGCCCUCGGCCACGACCUGUCCGCUGCCGGCUUCAUGCCCUCCAUGAUGCCCCACCAGCAGAGUGCCAUGAUGCAGGCUGCCAUGAUGCCCCAAGCCCCAAUGAUGGCCCAAGCCCCAAUGAUGGCCCAGGCUGGGGCAGCAUCGUAUGCCCGCGCCCUCUCCCGCCAGCUCAGCUCUGGCAUGUCUGAGAUCAAGCAGACCCAGGAGGCCUGGAAGGUCACUCUGGACGUCAACCACUUCUCCCCUGAAGAGCUGGUGGUCAAGACCAAGGACGGCGUGGUAGAGAUCACUGGUAAGUAACUCAUAUAUCUGUGUGUCUCUGGCUCUGUCUCUAGCUUUGGCUCUGUCUUUGUUUCUGUCUCUUUCUCUCUAAGGCAGCACAAUUCUCUCUCUAUGGCUGCGUUUACACAGGCAGCACAAUUCCGUUUUUUUUUCUUCACUAAUUGGUCGUUUGACCAAUCUGAUCAUCUGAAAAUAUCUGAUGUGAUUUGUCAAACGAUCAGAAUUAGGCUGCCUCUGUCUCUCUGGCUCGGUCUGUCUCUUUCUCUCUCUGUGUGUCUCUGGCUCUUGCUUUGUCUCUGGGUCCCUCUUUCUCUGUAUCUGUCUCUUUCUCUGUAUCUAUCUCUUUCUCUGCCUGUCUCUAUUUCUCUGUCUCAGUAGACAGAAUCAGUAGAACUUUGUAGCUAGCACAGUACAUUAAAUGUACUUCAUAAUAUGCAGAAAUUGUUUAUGUACAUCUUUUUUCUUCUUCUUACUAUUAUUACAGUUAAUAAAGUAUUACUUGUUUCUAGCUGAGCUUGUUUAUGUUUCGCAUCUAUUAACAUCACUAUUCAUUUUUUAUUUAACCUUUAUUUAACCAGGUUAGUCUCGUUGAGAUAAAAAUCUAUUUUUCAAGAGCGACCUGGACCUGGACCUAAUGAGUUUUAGUUGGUAUAUAUUACACAUGUAUUUAAUAACUGAUAAUAAUAAUAAUAUGCCAUUUAGCAGACGCUUUUAUCCAAAGCGACUUACAGUCAUGCGUGCAUACAUUUUUGUGUAUGGGUGGUCCCGGGGAUCGAACCCACUACCUUGGCGUUAUAAGCGCCGUGCUCUACCAGCUGAGCUACAGAGGACCACAUGAUGAAUGAUGAAUGAGGCAAAUGAGAUGUCUCACUCACUAAAUACUACUAAGCACACUAUAGGGUUCCACUUGUCAUAGUAAGUGAGUUGUUGCUGUGACAUGGAGGACAGUGAGAGUAACACUUGUUGUAGCCCUGUGUUGAUUGAUUGUUCUAUGUGGAGGGAAGCAGUGCAUUGGGUUACAUAACAUCACAUAACAUGAUGCGGCAGGGGCGGCAGGUAGCUUAGUGGUUAAGCGCGUUGUGCCAGUAACCGAAAGGUCGCUGGUUCUAAUCCCCGAGCUGACUAGGUGAAACAUCUGCCGAUGUGCCCUUGAGCAAGGCACUUAACCCUAAUUGCUCCUGUAAGUCGCUCUGGAUAAGAGCGUCUGCUAAAUGACUAAAAUGUAAAUAUAUUACACAGCCAUGGUCUCUGUAGACCACGGGGAGGGAAAAUGGAACAGAGCCCAUAGAUUCCUGAGACAUUACACACAUUACAACAACAGAGAUAUGUAUUGUACUGUACACCAGUGGGAGUAGACCAUUAGAACAACAUUAAGUGGGUUUAACGCUAUGUCCAAACUUACUGUAGAAGACCCAUUUUAUUGUGUUACAUAUGCUAGUGGGAGUGGACUAUUACAACAAUAACAUUGUUUUAUACCGGGGGCUUGGCAGUAUAUCCUAACUGUAAAUUAGACGUACGAUAAGUUGGCCUAGUGGUUAAGAGCGUUGGGCCAGUAAUCGAAAGGUUGCUGGUUUGAAUCUCUGAACCGACUAGGUGAAAAAUCUGUUGAUGUGCCCUUGAGCAAGGUACUUAACCCUAAUUGCUCCUGUAAGUCGCUCUGCUAAAUGACUAAAAUGUAAUAAGGACCCUGUAUUUUAUGUUAAGGUGUACAAACUGUAGAUUGGACUUAAAACAACACUUUUUCAUCUUGACAUUGAAUAUCUGCCCUUACUUACUUGUUGGUUAGUCAGGAACAGAAACUAGUUCCAAGGACCUGUAUUAAGAAUGUCAGAGAAUAGUUAAUGAUAUCAUCGAGAACCCAGACCCUCUCUCUGUCUCUGCCCCCUUCUAGUACCAUCUCCACUCACAGAGAGAGAGAGAGGAGGAUAUUUAUCCAUGACUCAAUCUCGCUGUGUCUCUGAUCUGCUACUUUAAAUGGGCUGCUGGGCCAGUUCCAGAGCGUAUUCUUCUUCUUUCCUCCUCUGGUGGCAGACAGUUAUGAUCAACACAGCUCUGACACUGUGAAUGAACACUGCAUCCUUGUAUAGAGGCUUAUAACACUUGCAUGCUUCUCAUGUUCCCUAUCAAAGCUGAGAUAAUGGUGUGGCUGUAUAUUAGUGUUAAUGCCUGGUUAAAGGCCCUUUCACACCCUCUCCCCAGUGUUGUAGUCCUGCAGGAAAAGGGACAGGUCCCUUUGGCAUAAACUCCUAUUAUCAGCUCAGCUGUUGUCAUAACAUAAUCAUAACAAACCGAUAUGCUGUCAGUAUUUCAGGCCUGGCAAGUGUAUUUGUAGGGACCUGGUGAGAGACAUAGAGAUAUAAACCAGUUGGCACAUACACUCAGUGGACAGUUUAUUAGGUACACCGUUCACGAAAAUGGAUCGCUCCUACAGACAGUGAGUCAAGUGGCUGUGGCUUGCUAUAUGAAGCAGGCAGACGGGCAUCGAGGCAUUCAGUUACUGUUCAUUGAACGUUAGAAUGGGCAAAACAAGUGACCUUAGCGACUUUGAGUGUGGUAUGAUCGUCGGUGCCAGGCACGCCGGAAAACGGCCGCCCUCCUGGGCUUUUCACGCACGUCAGUGUCUAGGGUUUACAGAGAAUGGUACGACAAACAAAAAACAUCCAGUCAGCGGCAGUCCUGUGGGCGAAAACAGCUCGUUGAUGAGAGAGGUCGAAGGAGAAUGGCAAGAAUCGUGCAAGCUAAGAGACGCAAUACAACAGUGGUGUGCAGAAUGGUAUCAAGGAACGCACAACUCAAUCCUUGUCACGGAUGGGCUAUUGCAGCAGACGACCACAUCGGGUUCCACUCCUAUCAGCUAAAAACAAGAAGAAGCAGCUCCAGUGGGCACGCCAUCACCAACACUGGACAAUUGAGGAGGGGAAAAACGUUGCCUGGUCCAACGGAUCCCGGUUCCUGUUGUGUCAUGCUAAUGGCAGACUCAGGAUUUGGCUUAAGCAGCAUGAGUCCAUGGACCCAUACUGCCUGGUGUCAACAGUACAGGCUGGUGGUGGUUGUGUACUGGUGUGGGGAAUGUUUUUCUGGCAUACGUUAGGUCCCUUGAUACCAAUUGAGCAACGGUUGAAUGCCACACCGUAUCUGAACAUUGUUGCUGACCAAACCCAAUAGAGCAUCUUUGGGAUGAGAUGGAACGGGCUGUUCGCAUCAUGAAUGUACCGCCGUCCAAUCUGGAGCAGCUGCGUGAAACCAUCGUGUCAGCAUGGACCAACAUCCCUAUGGAACAUUUCUGACACCUUGUAGAAUCAAUACCCCAAAGAAUUCUGCCUGUUCUGGAUGCAAAGUGGGGUCCGACCCAGUACUAGCUGGUGUACCUAAUAAACUGGCUACUGAGUGUACAUCACACAUGUAACAUGCUAGGGAACGUGUCAAAGGGGACAUGCAUGUACAGUACAGACACCAAGCAGGAGGAAAGGCACGGGGACAUGACAUCUAUUCUCAGCCCCUUGUCCAACAGAACAGAUGGUUCUCCUAAAAAAAAAAAAAAGCUCCCUUGAUAGUGAUGAAGUAUCAAGGAAGCUUUCAGACAGAGAGGCAACAGCAACACAUCGAGUUCUCUGAGAUAGCGUGUGUUUUUGCACAAAAUAACAUUUAUACACAGUGGUCAUGGCACAUGAAGUGACUGCAGUCCCCAGUAGUGUGAGACAGGGCUAGACUGACCCGUGUGUGUUCUGUGUCCACAGGCAAGCAUGAGGAAAGGAAGGAUGAGCAUGGAUUUGUGUCCAGAUGCUUCACUAGGAAAUACACGUAAGUAACACAACGCCAUUGAUUAUACAACUCACAGUGACACUCCUAUCAACGAACCUGGCAGACUGUGCAACAAAUUAAUAACACAUUGUUCCAUAACCCGUCGUAACAAUUUUGCCACCAUGCUGAAAUAGGCAUCAUAAAACAUUUGUGUCUCUGUCAAUGACUGGCCAAAAUAAUGUCUCUCCCAUUUGUUUCAAUGUUGAUUUCGUCAAUAACAAAAAUCUAUUUUCACUUGAGGGUUGUUUAAAGCUAUUUCAAAGCUAUUCCUAAACCUUCUGCUACUUUUGUCAGUUGCAUAGAAAUUGGUUGGUUAUGCUACUUCAUGGCAGCUUUCCGUCAUAUUCUGCAUAUUCUGCAUGCUCCAGGAUUAGUCCAGACUCCAGUGGUUCUGUUAUCAUUGGUCUGGUCCUGUGAGCCUAUUUUGGUUGAUUGGUCAAGCCUGCAGAGGGUUGAGUGUACCGGAAGGCUGAGCAAAGCAACACCGGCGGCGACUGACUGUGUUUGUAUAGUACAGCCAGCCAUCCUCCCUGAGAGCUGAGCUCCAUGGGUCUCUGUCGCCAUCCAUGGGCCACUACACAUACCAUGUCUCUGACAAUCAACACUGCCUCACCGGCAGGCUGGAAAGCUUCAGGUUCUAUCCAAUUACAUUGAAAGAAAAUGAAGAUGUCUCAGUAAAGUAUUUUAUAGAAUAGAAGCCUUUCUUACUUGCUUUGGCCUCAUACUCCUCCUGGAGCUGAAGCCAUCGAUAACAGCUUUCCAGCGUAUACGGUCUUGUACAGUAACCUGACUGUGCUGCUCUCUCUCCUCCCUGCUCCAGACUGCCCCCUAGUGCUGAAGCUGAAUUUAUACACCAGUGAUUUUGAAUAUAAUUGAUAUCAAAUUACAUAAAAAAUACUGUAAAUUGCGAGAUAAAAGCACUGUCUGCCUCAGUAAAGUAUUUAUGUACUGUACAGUAGCCUGACCGUGGUGUUUCCUUUCCUCCCUGCUCCAGACUGCCCCCUAUGGCCGACGCUGAGAAGGUGACGUCCACCUUGUCUCCUGAGGGAGUGCUGACCGUGGAGACUCCUCUGAACAGGCAGGCCAUCAAGGCUGCAGAGAUCUCCAUCCCCGUCACCAUGGGCAGCAGCAAGACCAAGCCCUACGACAUGACGAAGGGAAGUGGCAAUGGGCACCAUCGCGAUGAGCGUCAUGAGGAGGAGGAAGAGGAGUGAAGAAACUCCACACACAAACCUACACACACUCACACGAACACACACACAGUAGACACAGAUGAAAUGGUUAGACAGACAGAGGGAGGGUAGGCGAAACUGUGAUAAUUGCACACCUACCGUAUAGUUACAGGAAUGUCUCGAUAACGUUAUACGUUUCACGUGUGCUCACACUAACGCCACAUGCCUGCUCUAUCUCACACUGCGGUAAUUACUAUCUGCAUUUGAAUCACGCAACAACAACGACAACAACCAGUUACACCCACACCCUCCUCAUUCCUAUUUGCUAGGCACUGAACGCUAUUAGAUUUGCAAACAGUGACCGCAGCCCUGCUGUUGUCUGUCUGUCUGUCUGUCUGUC